AUGGCCCCGCACUUGAUGGAAUGCCGCAUCAGAACUCGGAAAGAUGCAUUCAAUUGCCGUAUGACACCACACCGAACGAAGCCCGCAACUUCAGCGCCGAAAUUCGGCGGCUCUGCCCCGGGGCCAUGGUACGCAAUUACCCAUUUGGGAACAUGGAGGCAUAACCAGUUCCUCGGGAUGCGUCACUCACGGUUACACGCAGCUAGCAAAUUUGCACUCGGGCAGAACCAUACUGAUAAGAACGCUGCCGACGAAGUCAAGAAUCCACAACUAACUGUUCAGAUUGUUUGGUUCUUGGCUCCGACAGUAUCCCUAGCCGAACAGCAAUUCGAGGCAAUUCGGGCUCAAAUCCCAGGAGUCCAAUCCAAACUGAUCCUCGGCUCCGACAGUGUGGAUGCCUGGUCGACUCAACCUGGCGUGUGGGAUGCCGUCCUCCUCAACACCCCAAUACCGCAGCUGACCCUGAUAGCCCACAACGCCAAGGGGAGGAAUCCCAUCGCAAGGCUUAUGAAGGAGCACUAUGUCCCCAGCAAGGCGGAAGGGCUCCCUGUACCCCAUAUCCUGGGCCUCACGGCGAGCCCUCUCAUGAGAUCCAAUCUAAGCGACCUCGAAGUCCUUGAGCAGACCUUGGAUGCCGUCUGCAAAACGCCGAGCAAACACCGGGACGAGCUCAUGGCUCAGGUCAACCGUCCCGAGAUGAAGGUCACUGCGUACGGGUCCAUGAUCAACCCCGAGACCGACACUGAGCCUACUCCGACUAUGGCAAAACUGAAAAGUGCCUACUUGGAGCUUGACAUCCGACAAGAUCCAUAUGUCCGGCAUUUGUUGACCGACAAGACGCCGCGGGGCCGCGCAAGGCUCAAGAAGGUUCUCUUAACCAAGCAAACAUACUGUAGGUCGCAGAUGGAGGCCUUCUGUAGGGGAGCUUUCGACAUCUGCAAAUCCUGUGGCCCUUGGGCUGCCGAUUACUACAUCCAUAGGGUCAUUUCUGCAUUCGUCAAAGACCCUGCGCCUGUCGCCCCUGGCCAUACCAACGAAAAUCUCGCGGAACAAGAACGGAAAUAUCUUGUUGAGGCAUUCCUGAAGGUAGACGCUCAGGCGCCUCCUGAGAUCCCAACAACUCUCUCACCGAAGGUGCAAGCUUUGCUCGGCGCUCUCGAAUCCCACCAAGAAAAUCCAUUUGGGAUCGUUUUUGUUAGGGAGAGGGCGACAGUCGCCGUCUUGUCGCACAUCCUCGCCGUCCACCCCAAAACAUCGCACCGUUACCGAGUGGGCUCCAUGGUGGGCACCUCGAGAGUACCAGGGAGAAGACAGGAUUUUCUGGACCUGAGCCAAAAGGAAUACUUGCUUUCGUUACUCUCAUUCCGGAAAGGGACGAUUAAUCUCCUGGUGGCAACGAGCGUGCUCGAAGAGGGAAUUGACGUGCCGGCAUGCAACCUCGUUAUUUGUUUUGACAAGCCCGACAACCUCAAGUCCUUCAUCCAACGCCGGGGCCGGGCACGGAUGUCGGCAUCUCGGCUGUACCUCCUCGUCGAGGAUGAAGCAGACGGCUCGUCACGCGGGUGGCAGAAUCUGGAACAAGAGAUGAAGCGCAAGUACGAAGACGACAUGCGCGAGAACCAGCGACUCGAGGAAAUUGAAAACAUCGAAGACAUGGAUUACCCUGUCCUAAGAUCCCAGGAGACGGGCGCUCAAAUCACCAUUCUCGAUGCCAAGUCGCACCUCGAACACUUCUGCGCCACCCUCUCCACGCGUAAGUUUGUCGACUGGAGCCCCUUUUAUGUCGUCCACGACCUAGAAGGGAACCCGGUCGACCCCCAUCAGCCGGGUCUGCGGAAGGCCACUGUCCAUCUGCCAGUCUCACUGGCCCCCGAAUUGCGAUGCUUCCAGAGUCUCCAAGCCUGGACCUCGGAAGCGAAUGCUUGCAAAGAUGCUGCAUUCCAGGCAUACGCCAAGCUUUACGAGGUCGGGUUAGUCAACCACAACCUGCUACCUAUCAGGGAAACCGACUUGAUAAAAGAUGUUGAGCCGCGUGUCGGCAUGGCCACGGUCAGGGAGCAGUUCAACCCCUGGCCGUUGAUAGCCCGAGCGUGGCAGGACGGCGUUCCAGUUUCCCGGAGGACACUGUCAGUCUCCAGCCACGACAACCCAGUUUCUGCCGAGCUUGAGCUAGCACUACCGGUACCGGUCCCUGACAUGGAACCAUUCAAUUUGUACUGGAGUCAUACAUCGUCGUGGCUCAUUGGGAUGGACUCUGAUACGCCCAUGUCAAGCGUGGCUGCCGGGGGUCAGGCCGAUCACACGUCUACCUUGCUUGCCAUGGCCUUUGGGCACAGAUGGAAUGUCGAGGAGAAGCAGUUCCCCGUUCGGUUCACCUGUAUGGACCAGGAUAUACGCCUUGAGGACAUGGGCUCCGAUGUAGCGAGCGCUGAGCUUUUGCGCCAAAAGUCGUUCGCUCAUCUCGUCCGCGAUACUGGCAACCGAAACCACCCGUACUUCUGCUUGGACUGGAUUCCCACCAAACCUGCGGUCGAGCUUGUUGCGAAGCCUUAUCGGGGCUUCGAAGAGGCUCCCGAGGAUAGCGCGUACGUGGCCGUCAAAACCUGGCCCAGGAAAUCGGGCGCCUUCCGCCCGCUUCAUCAAAACUCGGCACCGAAGCCAAGCAGCAAGCCCUAUCCGAGGAUUCUCCCCGCGGAUCAAGUCCGAGUGGACAAGGUGCCUGCAAUUUAUGCUCAGAUCGGCAUGAUGAUACCCGCCAUCACUCAUGCGCUCGAGGUUCAUCUUGUGGCUAAGGACCUUCUUGAGUCUCGCUUGGAGCAAACGGGCAUCACAGACUUGUCACUUAUCGUCACCGCGAUCACUGCCAGUGCGGCUAGAGGCCCGACUGACUACGAGCGGAUAGAGUUCCUCGGAGAUUCGAUCCUCAAGUUUUGCACGACUAUCAAUUGUUCUGCCACAUACUUGAAAUUCCCAGAGGGGUGCCUGUCACCCUUGAAGGACAAGAUUGUGUCAAACUCAAGGCUAUUCCGGGCCGCCGUCGAUUUUGGCCUGGACCGGUACAUUAUCCACAAAGCCUUUACUCUUCACAAAUGGAGACCGACGUAUGUCGAAGACCUUAUCGAGAAUCCGCCUUCUGCGACCGAGACAAGGAGGAUCUCGACCAAGAUCAUCGCAGAUGUGGUCGAGGCUCUGAUCGGAACCGCCUUCGUGAGCGGCGGUAUCUCUAAAGCUCUCGCUUGCAUGUCCUUAUUCCUCCCCGAUGUCGCGUGGAACAGCAUCGAGUACGGCCGCGAAGUUAUGUACAACGAGGCCCCCGAUGACGAACCGCUCCCCAGGACCAUGCGUCAACUAGAGUCGUUAGUCGGGUACACUUUCACCAAGAAGGCGCUCCUCGUCGAAGCCAUGACCCACCCCUCCUGCAACGGCCCCGGCAUCCGGGCCUCGCUCGACCGCCUCGAGUUUCUCGGCGACGCCAUCCUGGACUACGUCGUCGUCAACAAGCUCUUUGCCAUCUCCGACCCCGCCCCCCUCGAGAACUCCUCUCUCCACCUCCUCCGCACCGCCCUCGUCAACGCCGACAUCCUCGGCUUCCUCGUCAUGGAGUGGGCCAUCACCGAGGACGGCGUCGAAGUCACCACGAUGCCGUCUGCGAUGCUACGCGCCCGCCUUCUAGCCCUGGAAUGA